AUGGGUGUCGAUCUCGAUCAUAACAAGUUUAAGAAAACGGUUCGAAAAGAACCACAAAGCAACAACGUUUACAUACGAUUGCUAGUCAAGUUGUACCGAUUCUUGGCUCGACGUACGGAAUCUCCGUUUAACAAAGUUGUUCUUAAGCGUCUGUUCAUGAGUAGAAGACAUCGUGCACCUAUUUCAAUAGCCAGAAUUCUUCGUAAAAUGAAAUCGUAUGAUAGUAACAAGAUCACUGUUGUUGUGGGAACGGUUACCAAUGAUAUUCGCGUAUUAAAUUUACCAAAAAUGAAGAUAUGUGCUUUACAUGUGACGGAAGGUGCUCGUGAGCGUAUACUCAAAGCUGGCGGAGAGAUCUUAACUUUUGACCAACUCGCUUUGCGUGCGCCUAAAGGACAAAAUACCGUGUUAUUGCAAGGACCUCGGCAUGCCAGAGAAGCCCAGAAACAUUUCGGACCUGCACCUGGUGUACCUCACAGUCACGCUAAACCCUAUGUACGAAGCAAAGGGCCUAAAUUUGAAAGAGCUCGCGGUAGGCGCAGAAACUGUGGAUAUAGAUCUUAG